AUGGGUCAAACACUCUCGGAGCCCGUCGUCGAAAAGGCUUCGGAAAAGGGCGAGGAUGAGCGACUCAUUUACGGAGUCUCUGCCAUGCAGGGCUGGCGCAUUAGUAUGGAAGACGCCCACACGAACGUCCUCGAUCUCGACCCCACCAAGACUCACCCCGCGAAGAUGAGCUUCUUCGGUGUCUUCGACGGACACGGCGGCGACAAAGUAGCAUUGUUCGCCGGCGAAAAUAUCCACAACAUCAUCUUCAAGCAGGACACCUUCAAGGCCGGUGACUACACCCAGGGCUUGAAGGACGGCUUCCUCGCGACCGACCGCGCCAUUCUCAGCGACCCCAAGUAUGAGGAAGAGGUCUCGGGUUGCACUGCCUGCGUCAGCCUGAUCGCUGGUAACAAGAUCUAUGUCGCCAACGCCGGAGAUUCAAGAGGUGUACUGGGCAUCAAGGGACGGGCCAAACCCAUGUCUCACGACCACAAGCCCCAAAACGAAAUCGAGAAGAACCGAAUCACAGCUGCUGGUGGUUUUGUCGACUUUGGCCGAGUUAACGGAAACCUAGCUCUCUCGCGCGCCAUUGGCGACUUCGAGUUCAAGAAGAGCGCCGAGCUCUCUCCCGAGAACCAGAUUGUCACCGCCUACCCCGAUGUCGAGCAACACGACCUCACCGACGAGGAUGAGUUCCUGGUCCUUGCCUGCGACGCAGGUAUCUGGGAUUGCCAGUCUUCGCAAGCCGUCGUCGAGUUUGUUCGUCGUGGUAUUGCCGCCAAGCAGGAGCUUGAGAAGAUCUGCGAGAACAUGAUGGACAACUGCCUAGCGUCCAACUCGGAGACGGGCGGCGUUGGCUGCGACAACAUGACCAUGACCAUCAUCGGUUUCCUCAACGGCAAGACCAAGGAAGAGUGGUACGACGAGAUUGCCCGCCGGGUUGCCAACGGAGACGGACCCUGUGCUCCCCCCGAAUACGCCGAGUUCCGUGGUCCCGGAGUCCAUCACAACUUUGAAGACAGCGAUAGCGGCUACGAGAUGGAUGCGGAUAACAAAGGCCGGGCCUUCGGUGUUGGUGGGUACAAGGGUCGAAUCAUUUUCCUCGGCGAUGGCACUGAGGUUCUCACGGAAUCAGAUGACACAGAAAUGUUCGACAACGACGACGAAGACAAGGAUCUUGCGAGCCAAGUCUCCAAGACCGUGACGUCCCCCGACGCGACCGAGAAGCCCGCCGCCGCGGCCGAGACGAAACCCGAUCCCGCGAAGGAGACCGAGAAGCCCAAGGCUGUGGACGAGAAGAAAGAAGCGGCCCCCCAGGAGACUAAGAAGGAUUAG